AUGUUAUCCAAACUGGCCCUGUCUUUCGUUGUUGUACGUCUUAGUCACCCCAUCAAGUCAUAUUAUGCCAGUAUCCACAAUUUAGACUUGGAUGCCCUGCUGUCAUCCAGUCCCUACAAAGAAGCGUAUCGACGGGAAAUGGUUGCCUGGGCAGAAGGCCAAAUGAAGAAGGAUCCGUACGUGUUUGCUCGUCAGGCUCUGGAAAAUAGCUUGGCUCAAUUCAGCUGUUGCUCACCAGCAUCCACACCCGAUGUCAUUCUCGUUUCGGAUGCCCGUCGUCCUUCCGACAUGGACUUUUUUACCGAGGUCUGUGGACGACCUAACUGCAUUUUCAUUCGAAUCACUGCGACGGAGCAGGUGCGUAUUGCCCGAGGAUGGCACUACACCGAGUCGAUUGAUGAUGCAACCACUGAGUGCGGACUUGAUGCCUUUUCCGAUUGGGACUCCCGUGUGGAAAACAAUUUGUCCAGUGAUGGACAUAAGGAACUGUUGGAUCAACUUACUGAACGCAUUUACCGUAUUUUACGACAG